AUGGCCCGCGAAAAGAUGUGGGCGCGCAUCCACCUCAUCCCUAUGCUCCAGGCCGAGUGCGACCGCGACCUUGUCCGCAGACACCUGGCUGACCAGGCGAGGGAGAAGGAGCUGUUGGGGGAGAACUUUAAGGUUUACAACUCUGAUAGAUACGUCCGGCCUACCUUUGCGGCUGUGCCUCAGCAUGUUACGAAAUAGAUGGGGGUCUUGACGAUGGGCGGAUGGAAGUUGGAGGGAUACCUAGACUAUUACACAAAAAAAAGAGAGUUUAUGCUUAUGUUUGAGAGGGUGUGUAUAUACUUGAUGAAGACAAUAGAGGGGACACUUACAGACUUGAAGUUCAAGCAUAACAAGGGGUAGUGGUGGACAGGGUGUAAGCUCUGAGCCACGCUCGAGCUUGGGGUUUGAGGACUCGAGUCAUUCAACCAGGGCAUUCCAACCCACCACACAUAUACCACAC